AUUACUUGUCGACAGUCGUGAUGAUGAGGAUCGAUCAAGGACCCAAGGAGGAUAUCGGUGAUGCUGCUGCAGUAUUGCUGUAUAUUACCUGUCCACUGCGUCACUGACACCGCAUUUGAUCACCUGCGGGCGCCAGUGGUCAUACACACACCGUGUUAAUGCACACGAGCACUGACCACAGAGUCACCGUCGGAUGCCGGACUGCGGGACUUGCCCAUGCUGUGACGUCACCGGCGCUGUGAAGCGGCGCACGGGGGCAUCGCCGCGUCCGUUAGCAUGCUAGCUGACUGAACCGCGAGCGAACCGCAGACAUGGUCCGUCGCCGUGACCUACCGCCCAGAACCGGCAGCAAUGGGCUCCGUUCGGACUCGACACGCUAACCACGACCGCACUUCUGCAACGGAGCGAGGUGCAGGCUGCAGCUGAGAGCCCUCAGGAUGAGUGGGGCUGUGGAGCACACGGACAUCCUGUCAGUGGCAGACGUGGUCCGAGACAGAUGGAAAGUGACGAAGAAGAUCGGCGGAGGGGGGUUCGGGGAGAUCUACGAGGUGUUGGAUCAGCUGAGCCAGGCCACCGUCGCCUUGAAGGUGGAGUCUGCUCAGCAACCCAAACAGGUGCUGAAGAUGGAGGUGGCUGUGCUCAAGAAGCUUCAGGGCAAAGACCAUGUAUGUCGCUUUGUGGGCUGUGGCAGGAACGAUCGCUUCAACUAUGUGGUGAUGGAACUCCAGGGGAGGAACCUGGCAGAUUUGCGCAGAACCAUGAGCCGCGGCACCUUUUCCGUCUCCACAACCUUGAGACUUGGCAAGCAGAUCUUAGAGGCCAUUGAAAGCAUCCACUCUGUGGGCUUCCUGCACCGUGACAUCAAACCAUCUAACUUUGCAAUGGGAAGACUGGCCAGUACCUGCAGAUGCUGCUAUAUGCUUGACUUUGGUUUGGCUCGUCAGUUUACCAACUCCAGCCAGGAAGUCCGUCCACCUCGUCCUGUGGCCGGAUUCAGAGGAACCGUGCGAUACGCUUCAAUCAAUGCUCAUAAGAAUAAGGAAAUGGGUCGCCAUGACGACUUGUGGUCCCUCUUCUACAUGCUGGUCGAAUUCAUGGUUGGUCAACUUCCCUGGAGGAAGAUUAAAGACAAAGAACAAGUAGGAAAUCUUAAAGAGACAUACGACCAUCGGCUCAUGCUGAAGCACCUUCCCUCAGAGUUCACUGCUUUCCUGGAUCAUAUCUUGACCUUGGACUACUUCACUAAGCCCGACUAUGAGCACCUGAUGUCAGUGUUCGACAGCGCUAUGAAGAGCCACAACGUGCUGGAGAACGAUGCUUAUGACUGGGAGAAAUGUGAUUCAGACGAUGUGCUGACCAUCACCGCCGCGGCAACCACCGCUCAGCAGCUCACUCGUCUCACACCAGCGUACUUAGGCAUGGCCAACGCUUCAGUGCUACCGGGCGAGCUGCAGCGGGAGAACACCGAGGACGUCCUACAAGGGGAGCGCCUCAGCGAUGCCGACAACUGCCCCCUAAUCCCCACGCCGACCACCCCUGGUGGAGAUGUAUGGGAGGAGAUGGACCGCAACCGAAACCAUAAACAAGCCCAGCAGAUUAUCAGGAAGGUGGUGAGUGAGGACGAACACAGUCAGAACCAGGGGAACCAGAGUCCCAACACCGGCUCCAUACAGAGCUCUCCCCGACGGGUGCGAUCAGAAACCAUGUUCCUGGAAAGGGCCGCGCCGCUGCUAAGGAGGAUGAGACACAGUCAGAGCUUGGCAUUCGAAAAGAGACUCGCACCCGAGCCCAAGCCCACCAUUGAACGCUUCCUUGAGGCCUACCUCGGCAAACGGCGUCCAGUCCUUUCUCAGGUCGGGGAGAAAUCCAUACCUGAGAUGGGAGGCGGGCAGCAGACGCCUUCCUGCAACGAGGAGCACUCCGGCACUGCAACCCCUGACCCUGAAGAGGGCGCGGCGAGCAGUGGCUUUGUGGCCGUGAACCUCAGUCCUGUGCCCCAAGAGGGUGACUAUCAGGAGUGGGUGAUGCUGGAUCUGGAGCAAGGCAGUGGAAGCAGACCUGCGGCCGAGGCCCCGCAUGAGGACAAGCUCGCCGAGACCGACGAACACGCUGCCGAGCCACAUGACGGCCAGAUCACCGCGGUGCCGAGCAGCCCCGUCCUGUCUCAGAUGGCCAUGCCCGGGACGUGGUUACUUGGCCACAGGAGGCUACCGGGCAUGCUGGGACAAAUGCCCUCAGUCAUCAUGGGAAGACCUCCGAUGGACCAGUCCUCCAGUUUUGGGCCAAAGUCACCUGUACAAGAGAAGAGCGACGCAAUACCACUGGAGGCUCCGUCUGCUAAUUCUGACCGACUAACAGAGGAAAUCUUGAAGGACGGAGGGAGGUUGGAGUUGGGUCCAGUGCCAAGCCCGGCCAAAGGCCCCACAGCUCACCUGAGCAACGACAGAGACCCGGAGAGUGAUUCUGGUCUGCCCGACCGCUCCUCCGAGCCUAAUCAGCAGCCCCAAGCCGACACCGUAGGAGGCGCCAUGGAGAGCACCGUCACGGUCUCCUCCUCGCCACCUCCAGCGUUGCUCCGGCGAAGAGACUCUCCCUCAUCGCCAAAACUGAGCAGAAUCCCAGUGCGAGACCCCGGCGCCCCCCUGGACUCCGUGAGCAGGGACCUCCACAUGGAGAGACGCCAUCGCUGGAGCAGCCCGGUGCCUGGCUCCCCCACCCACUCCCCCUCCCCGUCUCUGUCCUGUGACAACCUGCCCUGCGCUCUGCCCAGAGACCGGCUCUCCUCGGAGCGAGGCUCCAGGUCCGACUGUGUCGGCGAAGACCCCCUCUCUCUGUCCUCCUCGUCGGGCAGCAGGAGUAAAAUCCCACGUCCUGUGAGCGCCACCUUUGUACCUGAGCAAUUCACAAGCAGGUUCCUGCCCCGGCCACCUCCUGGGAAACCGCCCAUGCGCCCGUGUACGGACAACCGGUAUGAGCUAUGCACAAGGCGGCGGCGGCUAAGAGUGCGCGCCAGCAGCACCAGUGACGCAGACUUCCUGGCGAGUCUGACCCAGCUGAUGCAGGACCGCAGCGGGAUGCUCUUCAGCCCUCCUCCCCGUCCGCGCAGCUCCUCCUCCUCCCUGCAGCGCUCGCUGAGCUCCUCCCCCUGCCGCCAGGAACACCGCGAGGGCGGAGCGCGGCCGGGACUCAGCCGCUCCCCAACAAGCUUGUCCGGGUCUCCUCCCCCCCGGCACGCUCAGCCACAGGACGGGACCAGCGGGCAGAUUCAGUGGGGCCACAGCUCCCGGGGAAAGCGUUUGACCCACGAGAGCAAAGGUUCUGGGAAAGUGAACCGGUGACUGUCUUAGACUCGAUAGCAUGUGUAAAUACAGUAUUUACUCAUGGGGGAAUGUACUGUAUGUAAUAUAAAAUGUAUGAUAAAUUGUAUUUAUUUAUUUAUUUAUUCAUCUAUUGGAUGUGUUCAAAAAUACUUGACGAUGUUGCUUGAUGACCUGCAGUUGAGGAAACCUUGAGAUUGCCAACUCUUACCUCUCAUUUCUCUCUCUCUGAAAACUCCAUGUAGGCCUAUUGGUCACCAAAAAAAUCCUUUUAAUAAUUGAGGGAUGUAAAAAUGAUGCUAACUGUAGAAAUGUACCAUCAGGAAAAUGGUAAACGCUAAUAAAAAACCCGUAUACGCACAGUAAGAACACCAAUAGUAAACGACACUACAAGCUGCAGUCCCAUAUUGACCUCACUCCUGUAAAACUGAUCAGUCGGACUAUUUAUCAAUGAAUUGCUCAUUUUUGGCACAUCACCGUGUUGUAGUGUUGCUUUUACUUUGCUAGGAAACUAUUUGUCAUGCGAGAGACUUCAGCCUAUUAGAAUGUACUGUAAAUGUUAACUGCACUCAUACUAAGGUAUUGUAAAAGUGCAUGAGCAUCAUUGCAAAGGAUUUUUUUGUUAUGAUUUUAAUUCAUUUGUACGAUCGGUGAAAACAUCUAUAUUUUUAUUGAACUGCUUCUGAUGAAAAUACACCAUAUAAUGUAGAGCCAACGACGAUGUGCAUUUUUAUUUCUCAUGAAAAUGACGAGAGACGAGCUGAUUAAAAAACCUUUCAUCACUUGUCACAAUUUUAUCACAA